CACCAGAAGAAGAAAAGAGGAAGUACAGGUAAAUAAUGACACGGACGGCUGAGCCGGUUAGGGAGCACGUUUUAGUUGAAUAUUUUCAAACCAACUAACGUCAGUGGUAGCGCCCUAAUGGCGGAGUUCGGUGUGAACAACGGUCGCAAAGCUGAAGAACAUGAAGUGACAAACAGCGGAAAUGCCCCUGAGCUUGUGAGUGGGACCGGUGACCCCGCGGUGACAGUCCCUCGGGACCUGGGGCCGUCAAAUCGUGACCCGAGGAAAAAGUUAGUCCUCCACAUCGACCUCAACAACACCAUACUGGUGUCGGACACCAUGAUAGCUCAGGGGAUAGAAGCUGCACUGGACCAUUUCCUCUCGACUGUCACCUGGGGAAAGAUUAGCAAAAAAGGAAAGUGGGAAUGGCUGAGUGACUUGACCUCUCUGCUCCCGCCGUGCGAUGAUGCAGUUAGUUACCAAUCUCAUUUUGGAAAGAUAGCAGGUUUCACCGCCGUUGCAGGGAGACGUUUCCGCGGGAUUCUAGAUGAACAUCUGGAGCUGCUCCGCUGGCCUGAGGGCACCAAGGGAGACAGAGAGCUGUGUGUAAAAGGGGAGGGUGGACAACUGUACCACUGGAUCCUCCCCUCCUUCUUCCAGCUGCUCAAAGACCUGGUGCAGGAAGGAAGGGAGUUUGCCGUGAUUUUCCGUUCGUUUGGAAGCGACCUACCUCGCGUGCUGAGCGCUGUCUCCAGAGCGCUGAAUGAAGGCGCCCACCCGCUGUUCCCCGAUCUGCCCGAUCUUAAGUUAAAUGUGAAUACGACACUAGGCAAGAUCCGCUGCAGCAGGAGGGGAAUCGUCGUGAGCCGUGCCAAGGAAAGCAUUUCCUCUCGUGAUGGAGAAAGAGGCCUGUACCAGUACUUCAGCUCAGUCCAGGGCCUUGGGGGCUUUCAGGACCACUACGACUGGUGGGCAAGUAACACCUUCUCCAUCCGUGGGGGGAAGCCGCUGUGGGUCGACCCGUUUGACCAACACGUUCAGCACAUCUUCAUAGACGACCACAUACGGCAGGACGACGAGCACACCAUCGUUCAUCCCAAGGUUUUCCUGGGCCCAGGUGGCACUGACACUCGUACAGCCUGCACCGCUGAGCUUUAUGACAUCACACUGGUCCAGACCGACCUCCUUAGGGCCAUUUCUCACCCAAGCUACUUCACUCAGCGCGUCCACAUCUGUCUGGAAAACUACGAGAGGAAUCUCCAGCAGGGGGCAGGCUAGAACUCGGCUCAACUGUAUGUCUGUCUCUGUGACAACCUCCAGUGUAGUGUGCCAUUAACCCAGACACUAGGGCACAGACUGGGGAUGCAGAUGCGCUAGACUGUAGUUAUGGCUAUUAAACACAAAGGUUGGUGACUUAUUGAAGAACGGGAGUUCAUCAAACCAUGAAUGGAAGAGGUUUAAAUAAGGGUUAGGGUUACAGGAAUAAAUACGCAGAUAAGGAAAGAUCACAGUUACUGAAGAUGGCAGCUAGAUAAGUAGGAAUUAAAUUCAAUCUGUUAGUACCAUGCACACUUUAUCUACUCCAGGAGAGAGGUGCAAGGAUGUCAGCUUAUACAGAGAAUAAUUCACAAAUAGAUUGUACUGUCUGCUGUCCUAAGGUGAUCCGCCACAAAAGAUUAAGCACUAAAGUGGCCAGGCAAGAAUCCUUUGUCGCAUCGAAGGCUCUGUUACUGAUCACGCCACUGGAUAAUUGCCCUGACUCUUGGAAAUUUGUGUCGGCCAGCAUAAUUGGGGUCAGAUACGGUGAUAAAACCCUUCAAGUGUUGCGUUAUUUGUCUAGCGAGUAGUAUCCCCCGGGGUUUUGCUCCUUCGUUUGUUAUCCUCAUUGUGUGACUCUCAUUUAGCUUCUCUUGAAGAACGUUUUAACUUCCUUUGUUAAACAUUGUCGGCAUUGUUUACAUUCACUCACAACUGAAAGUUCAUACUUGAAUAUGUGCAGAACGUAAUACACUUUAUAUUAUAUAUAAAUAUUAUAUUUAUAUACACAUUAUGAAGGCAUUGCAUUAGAGUAUGACUUAAAUGAUCA